AUGCCGGGGCCUGAAGACGCCAGCACCUCCAAAGAACCCUCAAAAGAUACUCCAGUCACAUUUAAGUCGCUAGGACUUAUAGAUCCCCUUUUGGAAUCCCUUGAACGAGUAGGAUACAAAAAACCUACAGACAUCCAGGUGGAAUCAUUGCCCCAUGCUCUCGAGGGCCGUGAUAUCAUUGGUAUUGCCUCAACGGGUUCAGGAAAAACGGCAGCAUUCGCACUUCCUAUUCUACAGAAACUAUGGGAAGAACCUAAAGGACUAUUUGCGUGCGUGCUUGCCCCCACUCGCGAAUUAGCAUAUCAAAUAUCGGAGCAGUUCGAGGCACUGGGCUCCGCAAUGGGUGUGCGUUGUGCGGUUCUUAUCGGAGGGAUGGAUAUGCCUACCCAGCAAAUAGCUCUCGCCAAGCGACCUCAUAUCAUUAUCGGCACCCCAGGACGUCUGCUUGACCAUCUAGAAACCACAAAGGGAUUUAGUUUGAGAACAUUGAAAUUCUUGGUUCUCGAUGAAGCUGAUCGACUGCUCAACAUGGAAUUCAGCGAAGCAAUUGACAAAAUCCUGAAGCUUAUACCUAAGGAACGGACGACAUACCUUUUCUCUGCUACUAUGACCACAAAAGUAGCCAAAUUACAACGAGCAAGUCUGACCAACCCAGUCAAAGUUGAGAUUUCUUCAAAAUAUCAAACUGUGGACACCUUGCUGCAAUAUUAUCUUUUAAUGCCUUUCAUAGAAAAACAAGCUUACUUUAUUUAUCUUGUACACUCCCUGGCCGGAAAUUCCAUCAUAGUAUUUACUAGGACAAAAGCCGAAGCGCAGAUGCUUUCGAUUAUACUACGGAUAUUAAGCUUUGCAGCCGUGCCAAUUCAUGGUGAUAUGAGCCAGAGUCAACGGUUAGGAGCACUGGCUAAAUUUAAGAGUGGUAGUCGGAAAAUCCUUGUGGCUACAGAUAUUGCUAGUCGUGGUUUGGAUAUCCCCUCAGUUGACGUUGUUAUAAACUACGACGUUCCCCAACAUUCCAAGGAUUACAUUCACCGAGUAGGACGAACAGCCCGAGCAGGACGCUCAGGAAAGGCUAUCACCCUCGUGUCCCAAUACGACGUCGAACUCAUUCAGCGCAUCGAAGAAGUGAUAGGGAAGAAAAUGGUACUGUAUGAAACCGAAGCAGAGGAUAUUGCUGCUCUUAAGGAAAGAGUAGGUGAGGCAUCAAGGGCGGCCAAGAACGAAAUGAAGGACAUGGAGUUGAAUGGCAAGGGGAAAGGCAAAAAACGCCAGCGGGAAGAACACGGCGGACGGGAUGAUAAAGAUCGAGACGAUGAUGUUGUGGAGGCAGGCAUGCCGAUGACCAGGAAAAAAUCGAAGCACAGAAGAUGA